AUGCUGCGCCUCAUCAACCGUCUCAUUGGCCGCCAUGAGAACACACUGCCGCCCUUUGACUUUGCGCGCAACAAAUACCUCGUCAAGAAGAAAUGGCCGCCAAACCUUCGCGCCCUGACGGAAAAGCAACAAUUCCGAUUCGAGCGCAAAUUCAAGCGGCGCAUCAAAUUGAAGUCUGAGCGGCCAUUGUGGAACAAAUGGACCAAAGUGGUGCAGUGGAGUCUGAUCAGCUUCAUCGUCGUUUAUGGCGUCUUGUUCCACGACUUCAGAAAGGACCCGAUGAACCCAAGGCCAGGAGAACAACCUUUUGAGGGCUUAAGGCAAAGAAUGUGGGGGCUUUUGGGAGGGUUCUAUACACAUACCGAAGACACUAUGAAGGGCACGGGAGGAGAAAGGGGUGCCAGAAGGCUGGUACUUCCACCGGAGGAGAAGCGAGAGGGGAUGGCGCCUACGGACGUUCAAAAAUAG